UCCACAGUUCAAAGCACUAAUAUCAAUGUGUACAAUUUUCUAUAAAUAUUUGUCAAUUGAAGCUUAUAUUUUCAAAAUAUCUAUAGAGAUCUCUUUACUUUUUCGAGUUAAGCAUGAAGAUAGCACCCAUCGCAUUCCUACUGUUCUUCUUGUUCUUGGAUCUUUCUGUGGGCCAUAAGUUGCCGCAGUCCUCCAAUGAGAUUGCUGGCUUGAUGCCGGAUAAUCAGUGUGACGACAAUGGUGCCUCGUCAACCUCCAAAGUUAGCUCGUGCGGAAUCAAAAUACAUGGGAAUUCUAAGAUGAAGGCCUCCAGCAUUGCCCAGAAGGCGGCCAAGGAAGCCAAGGAGGCAUCCGAUGCCCAGUUGGACGCAGCUGAGGCCGCAGCCCGCCAGGUGAAGCAGCAACUGGCCGACAAGGCACAGGCCGCAGCCAAGGCGGCAGAAGCUGCACUGGCCGGCAAGCAGCAAAUUGUGGAGCAACUGGAGUCCGAGGUGCGGGAGGGGGAGCUGGUGGUCCAGGAGGAGAGCGCCCUGCUGCAGACCACCCAAGCCACUUUUGCGGCGGCCGGGCAGGCAGCCAAACAGGCGGCAGAUCAGCUGAACACCAUCACGCAGGCGGUGAAGAAUGCGCAGGAAAAUGUGCUCAACUCGGAGCAAGUGGCCAGUGGCGCUCAGCAGGAGCUGGGCGAGAAGCAGCAGCUCGUGGAUGCGGCCAAGAAGCGGGUGGAGCUGCUACUCCGCCAGCUGGAGGUGGCGCGUGUGGAUUUCAAGAACACCAAAAGUGCCGCCGAGAAGGCAGCCUGUGCUGCCCAGGAGGCCAGACAACGAGCCACCAGGGAGCGCAGGAAGGCGGAACUGAGGCACUUGCUCCGACUGAAGCGGGGACACGCCCACUGAGCUCACGGCUUGUUCUAUUUCAUAAUUGGAUGUACUUGGAUGCAGAAGUUAAUCCAUAAACGAAACCGUUUAAGGAAGUAGUAUAUGAACUCUUAUAUUUUAAAGGUCAUAUGCAAGAUCUUAAUUAAAAACUCCAAAGAUUA